AUGCGUACGCUGCACAGAGACAAACGCCACCGACGCCGUGAAAGUGCCCCGCCGACGGUGGGCCAGAACCAGGAUGUGGCUUACCUGGAAGCGUUGGCCAAGUUCAACGAGUGGAGGGCCCAGCAGCGCAACAGUGACAUCGAUGCGGCGGCGCUGCUCAACGUGGCCAAUGGUGGUAGCGAAUGCCCGCCGGUGCCCCGGCCGUCGCUAGCGUACCGCCCGAUCAAGGAGGAAGGAUCCGGCGACGAUAGUGACUGCGAGUGUGACUUCAGCUCCGACAUUGAGCUGGCGGCUGACGAGCGAAUGCCGCUGAGCCGUACCGUCAGCAACUGCACCCGUCUGGAGGUGCCCAAAUCGCCCCGCUACGCUCGCCAUCACCGUGCUUCGACCGCAGUGGCCGCACCAUCAGCAACGCCUCCGUUCGACGCGAUUGCACCAAAGAAACCGCAGCGAUCGGUCGAGUUUUACCGCAACAUUACGCGCAUCCCGGUGGACGGGCAGGACCACUGGAACAACACGCCGGUGGAAAAGAAUCACUCGUCGGUCGAUGUCCGCUUUUCGCUGCCCAUCUCCGGUGCGGCGGCCGAUCGAAGCAAGCUGAAGGGGAAGCGCCCGAAAGGGGCUUCCACCUGCUUCCCGAAGCCAAACAACACGAUCCACGAGAACGAGGUGGCCGAGUUUGAGGCGCACCUGAACGGCACCGCCAUCGGAGCGGAUUCGUUCGGACAACCGAGUCCGCCGCGCCGCUUCUACAAGGACAACUCCAGCCCGUACGACAACGUGACCCCGAAGAAGCAGAGCAAUCUGAAGCCACGUGCCGGUGGUCGCCUGUUUAAGGACAAGCCCGCUCCGCAGCCACCGAGUGUGGGGCGCGCGCAAAGCAUGAAGCAAAGUACCGGGGCGGGUGCGGACCGACCGGCCCCGUCGAGCUGCCCGCAGGCCAAACACCCAGCAGCGGCUCGGCCCUACAGUGGUUCCGAUUCGCCGCUGACCGGUUCGUACCGGAACUACGAGCUAAACUCGUCGUCGCUCUACGACGAGAACGUGAUCUCGUCCCGUGCCUACCGUGGCUCGAUGAAGGACCCAUCCGUGCCGACGCCACCGAAGCACCACCGGAAGUCGCUGUCCUAUCAGACGGUCGUGAACAAGCACGGCGAUCUGGUGGACUAUGCGCUCCCUUUCAGCGAUAAUGCCGACACGACGGGUGAAACGGCACCGCAGGAGAUCAGCCGGGCCAGGCCGGGCCAGGAGACGCUGGCCGAGAUCCGGCAGUGUGAGCAGUUGAUCAACGACAACUUCCACUUCCUGCAGAGCAGCGCCGAGCUGCCGGACGAUUCGACGAGCAUCAUCCUGGAGCCGAUCAGUGUGCUGAAGGGUCGGUCCGGGCGCAUCAUUACCGAUCUGGACCGAUCGGCGGGCGCCAGCACGCUGAAGGAGGCCGAUGAGCAGGACGCCCCGGUUCGAUCGCCGGUCCUGGCCCCCCAGCUGUGCUCGCUACGGGAGGAACCGGAGGCGGACAUAUUGUUCGAGCUGGAUUCGCUGCAAAAGUGGAGCAAAAGCAUCCAGCAGUCGGACGAGCUGCUGCAGACGCGCUACAGUGACCGGAACCUGCUCGAGUGCUUCCGGCGCCGGGCUGGCAGCAAUCUGGUGACGUGCUUCCCGAACGAGGUGCGCUACCGGGUGGGCAGCCUGCGGGCAGCGACGGCCGGUCCGCUCGAGUUUUCCUGCGGCCUGUUCCGUGGCGUGGCCGUCACGCUGCGCAAAUACUCGCUGAACGUCGAGCGAAGCCUGUACUUCGCGGAGGAAGCGUGCAAGCGCGAUUUUGAGGUGCUGUCGCAGGUCCGCCACCCGACCGUGGCCACCCUGAUGGCGGUUUCGUACGAUGCGGCCCUCAACCAGGCGACCCUGCUGCUGGAGCCGUUCGAUUUUACGCUCUUCGAUUACAUCCACCGAAUGAACAAGCGGCUGUCGCUGAUCCAUGCCAUCACGGUCGUGCAGCAGAUUGCGUCGGCCGUGUGCUACCUGCAGGAGUGCGGCUACGUCCACUCGAACAUCUCCAGCGGGGCCGUGCUGAUGCGUCGCUACCCGUACGCCGUGAAGCUGACCUCGUUCGAGCUGACGACUGAGUCGGCCACGGAGGAGGUGCGCCGAGAGAUCGAGCACCGGUACGGCAGCACUUCGUCGUCCCGCAACUCGAUGACGUCGUCGCAGAAUGAGGAGCUGAAAAAGUUUACCACCUACUCACGCUACGUCAAGAUCGACGAACAGUUUCUGCGCGACAAGUACCGGAAGCUGUCGCGCGAGAUCUGCGAAACACGCACGAGACGCGGCCGCAACGGAGGGUUGCCGGGGCUGGGCGAUACGGGCGAUGCUGCCCGAGCCGCCAGUCGCUUCCUGCCGUACUGCAAGGAGUAUCGGGAGAAGUUUUCACUCUUCUAUUACGUGGCACCGGAGUUGCUGGUGCCGAAGUCGAGCUUCGUCUAUCCGAACCGCAGCACGGACGUGUACGCGAUCGCGCUCCUCCUGUGGGAGAUCCUGAACGGAUACGUGCCGUUUGUGGUAUACAGUCGGGCGGAGCUCGAGAAGCUGCACACGUCGUCCGAUCUGCCGCUGCCCAUGUUCGAGCGGGAGCGAUGCGAACGCUUCCGGCAGAUCUUCGAGGGUGGCCUGGGCGAUAUGGGAGCGCGCAAGAUGAGCGUCGGCGACAUGGUCGAUCUGCUGGACUGUGUGCUGCUCGAGCUGGGCAUGGAGAAGAACGGCACGUACGAUUGGUUGGCGGAGGAUUACGAGGAGCGGGACCACUCGUCAGAGGUGCGGCUCAAGAACGAGCUGAACGAUGUCCGCCAACUGUCCGCCCAUGUGGUGAAGACGGCCAAGACGUACUUUCCGGUCGAUGACGGCGGCGAGCCGGCCCCCGCAAAACAGUCCCCGCAGUCGGUGGAGACGCUGCCAAAGAAGCCUGCCCGAAAGAUCAAUCGACUGCGGGAAUCGACCGGAACGGAGGUCGAUCCGCGAUCGGUCGCGGACAAGAAAUCGCCCGCCGGGUUCAACCUUUCGAACUCGGGUAUUUAUCAAUCGAUUUUCGAUUUCAACCACAAGUUCCUGUCGCCCAAAUCGGCCAAACAGGCGGUCUACGAUCGAACCAGCACGGUGAAGAAGCACAAGAAACCACCGCGGACCAACAAAAAGUCUGCGAAGGAACUGUUCGAGGAACCCGAUCCGCUGAACAAGAGCUUCACAGAGGCCACCGGUGCGCCGGCUGACGAUUGUCGUUCGUUGGAGAUCCGGGAGCUCGACCACAGCGUACGCAAGCAGCCGAGCGUACUCAAGGACACACCGCCGGCAAGCGACUCGGACGAUGUCGGCCGGACGCCACUCGCGCACGGUGCUCCUUCGAAGUCGUGUGACAGUUCGCCGGGAGCGCGGCGUCGUAGCGUGACGCCCCGGUUGCUGAACAACUCGUUCCGCUUCACGAUCGGUGACUUCACGCUCCCGGACACACCGAUCGCCCGGAAGAACCGCAUCCGCAAGCACGCCUGGCUGUCGGAUCAGAAGCUGAAGAUGACCGUAGACGAGUCGCUGCCGGUCACGCCCGAGGAGGAGUGUCGCAGCAAGUCGUUCUUCAAUGCGGGACUGGCGGGCCGCAGUAGUAGCUCCUUCCUAACGUCCACCAACCUAAACUGCUCGACCUCGCUGCAGGACAUCAAACCAAAGCGGAUCAACAUCAGUGUAAACAUUAUCAAGUCUCCCGAGCAGCGGGAGUCCCCGAACGGUGGUCUGUUUGAGAGCACCCUCUGGCGGAAGGAGAAAAUCAUUUGCGAACGAAGCCAGCUACCGGUGCCGGCUGCCAACGGCCAGCCAGAAAAGGGACCCGGUGAGGACCAAUCGGAAGAGCAACGGACGGAGGAGCCGAAAACGGAGGAACUCACGCCGGAUGACUCCUUGAGCAUCGUAACGGCGCACCUGACCUCGGUGCGGGAUGCGAUCAAAAAGAUUGAGACCACGUUCGAAAAGCACGGCUUCGAUUACAGCCCCGUGCGGAAGGUGGACUCCGUGGGCCGGACGGAACGGGGCGGUUCCCGCACAUCCGCGGGAACCUCUGCGCUGGAUGAGUCACUAGUUGUGGAAGAAAAUUUGCUCGUACCGACGAAGGUGCUGGAGCUGGAAAAGACACUCGAAGCGGAACUGGCGGCGCAGGACGAGAUGCAGGACGGAUCGCCACCACCACCACCGAUUCCAGUGUCGUCACCGCCUUCGCUACGAUCGCAAGAGGAUCAGCCGGAAAACGGUGGCUCCUUGGGUGUGGCAGAAUGUGUGGAUAACCAAACAGACCGGGAAGCCGAGGGUCCACCAGAGCCGAUCGCAGCAGAACCGCCACAGCCACCGGUAGAACCGAGAGACAGACCAACGGGUGGCAGAGUAGGGCCCACCAGCAUUCCGAUCACUUUCGCGCCCAACUCUCAGCUGUACAUGCGUCGGAAGGCACUCAACACGGCCACGACCAACAGUGUGGCCACCAUACACCACCACCAGCAAACGCUCUACCGGGAAAGUAUCAUAUCGAGCACGGAGCACAGUGUGCCGGCGCCGUCCACCGCUGAACCGUUUCCGGUCGGUGCUGCUGCGACGGGUGUUACACCCGGAAGCGCCCGCAAGAAGAAGCUCACGACCCGGGUCACGGUGAAUAUGAGAAAGAUUUCGCGCCGAGCAUCGGACAUCAGCCCGGGAUCGUCGCGUCCGAACUCGGCCAAUCUGGACGACCUGGAUCUGCCGUCGUCCGGGGCCAUCACACCGACCGGUUCGCUGAAAAGCUGCGCCGCGAACUUGCGCCACUCCUGUGGCAACGAGCUGCUGCGUGCGUUUUCGAAGCUUCGCCUGAUGCCGCCGGAAGCGGGUGAAACCGGUGUCUCGAAAUCACAUGGCCCGGCCGGCCCGACGAAUACGACAGCCGACUCUAGCCGCUCCGUGACGCCGGUCGGAGGAGUGAUCGGCCAACAACCGCCAGCCGGUCGUGCAACGGAACGCUUCGUCUGCUGCCAGUGCGGCAAUUCGAUGAUGCCGGUAGAAGGAUUCAAUGUUCCCACCGGAAGCCGUAUCGGGAUGGCGGCCGCUUUUGGUGAGAUGAGCUUCCCGCGGGAAAGCUUUGCGUCCAUGUUCGAGCCGCCGAUGACGCCGACAUCGGCCACCGCUUUGGCCAGCCGCAUCCACGCGAUGACUCCAUUUCAGAAAUCAACCGAGGAUCUCUACAUUGACGACGACUUCUGUCAGGGGCUGAAUCAGAUGGGUGCCAACAUGGAGCUGGUGGAGCCGCUGGACGAGGAGCAGUAUCUCGACACCUUUGGCUACGACAUCUACUCGACCGAAAUCUAUCACGCCGAAGAGAAGGAAGAGGAGGAGGAAGAGGAAGCCCACGGUGGCGAUCUAGAACCUCGCGAUCACCGCUUACCAGCCACACCACUGACCAGCGUCGAGCGUGCGCACGAUGAGGCAAUGUUUCUGGAAAAAUGUACGCAACUCAACUCGGAAAGCCUUAAGGCGGAAUUCGCCACGGUGUUGUCCCCGACGGACUGUGCGCCUCCACCGCUUCCGUCCUGCGCCCUGACUUCAAGCGGCAACCGCGAACAGCACACUUCAUAG